UUAUAAUCAUACUUAAUUGUCCACUCAUCCGAGUACUUCUAAGAAUACAAUUACAGUAAACAUUACUCAAGAGAUCUAGGCCGACCUAUAAAAGGGAGAGAGUAUGUACUAAAAAUCAUUCAGUUGUCAGUCGUUACAAAUUUGAGGAGUAUGAACAGUGUGAUGACGUUUGAAAUGGAUACGAGAUCCCGAUUCACUGGUUUUGCCUGCACGAUCAUGGUGUUGUUGCAGUGCAGUUUGAGUUACGGCAAUACAUCAUGUCUCCAGUGUAACGAUGCGACACAGCAAACGUUCCUGAACGGUCAGAUACAGACUAAGAACCUGUACAAUAUCAGCCUUCCAUCCAACCCGUCCUGUGCGGCCAACACUCAACCCGCGUCCCCAUGCCGUCCAGGCGUUGUGUUGUGCGAGCGGAUAACGGUCACAGUCUCAUCGUCUGAGAAAAAUAGGACAACAAACGCAACGCACGAGACGAAAAUAAGCUAUACCGCACACAAAUGCUCGGCAAACAUGAGCAUAAGCCUGUCCCCCCAGUGUCAGCCAAUAGAUGGGAAUGUAACCCUUCUUGCCCCUCUGAUGGAUGGACAAAUGGACAUGAUGAUGUAUAAUUCAAUUCUUCAAAGCAUGACAAACACGACUGUUUCCGGCAAAGUUUGCUACAGCGCUUCUUUGGGCGGAAACUUCAACAGUACCGGACAAGCGAUUGUACCAUUAGGUCAUGUAAUUCUUUUCAUGUCUCCGCUUUGGGUUGUCUCAACCCUUUGGUAAAUGAUUCUGUGUAACUGAUUGUUAAAUUAAUAUGUCUAUCUUCUCAAAUGUGAAUCAAGAAACUUAGCUUAAAAUGUAUUAUAGUAAAAUAGUGUAUUAGUGUUUGUUCGUUUGCAUUUAUGUGUAUUUAUUCAACAAAAAAUAUAUUUAUAAAUAUUACCUUUUUGAUCCAUGUUUGGAAGUAUGACCUAGUUUUGUUCUACUGUUUGAUGUAAAUACAAUUUUGUUCAACCA